AUGAACCUACACCAAUACUGCCUAACAGAGUCUUUUAGAUUAGAUUCUUGUAAAAAUUAAUAAUUAAUACAGGUGACGGACUUAUAAAGCAUACCCAUUUAAUAGAUUGGAUGUCUUAUGUGAAAUAUACACUUUAUCAAAGACUAAAUUAGAAGUUCAAUAUAGAACUACAGUUGAUGCAGAAUUACUAACAAAUGAGAUUUAAUUAUUGA